AUGGGCCUCACAGUCGGGCCUCUGAAAUCAAGGCGGGGGUGCAAAACUUGCAAGGCUCGGAAAGUCAAAUGCGGCGAAGAGAAGCCGAGGUGUAUCCGAUGCAUCAGAGGCGGUCGCCUGUGCGAGUAUGAAGGCACAACAUACGGGACCUUCUCAUCCGCUUCCUCGAUGGCUGUCAUUGAAACACCAGUACCCAUGGUGCCGAACAAGGCGACGAAAGAGCGCCGCGCAUUCGCGUACUACUUCCAGCAUGCCGCGCCGUUGAUCGGUGGGCUUGAUGCGGAUUUCUGGAGCACCAUCGUCCCGCGCGUGUGCCAUGCUGAGCCGCCGGUCUGGGACGCUAUUAUUUCUAUCAGUUCGUUGUUUGAGAGCUAUAAGCCCUGUACUCCGUUGAUUAAAUACCAGGAUGCGCUGGGGUGGUACUCGCGCUCGGUAUCUGCGGUGCGUCGUCGAAUCGAGAACGGGAGUGUAGAUGUGUUUGUUGGCCUGAUUAGCUGUGUAUUAUUUAUAUGCAUUGAGGCGCUCCAGGGAGGCGCGUUCGAGGCAAUGCGACUGUAUGGCCAGGGAGUGCACCUCAUCACAUCGUUACGCGAACAGAUAGCCAGUGGGACUGUGCCGGCAUUCAAGGCAUCGUUGCUAGAAGAGGCGAUUGUCCCGAUCUUCUCGCGUCUGAGUAUCUUGGGCAAUGCUCAGAAUAAAAUCGAGCCUGGGUCUUUCAUGCGAGACGUUGAUAGGAUAUUGCCACCGGUGUUCGCAUCGCUCAAGGCUGCUCGCGAGCCUAUCUUCAUCCUCACUGCUGAUAUCAAGCUGUUCCAAGAACAAUGCGAAAAACAUCAUGACACCACGAAUGCGUACCAUGUCCCCCCCGAGAUGAUACUCCAGCAAACCUCUCUCUCAGAGAAACUCCAAAACUGGCAUACAUCAUUCACAACACUUGCCGAAUCAUUACGGGCAAAGGCUGCCCUAUCACCCCAAGAAACCAGUGCCAUCGCCCUACUCCUCACACACUACGAAUCCCUAGUCGUGAUACUCACAACCUGCGUAUCCCGCUUCAAAAGCACAACAGAUGCCUGCCUACAGAGCUUCCAAACCAUCGUCGAACAAUCUCGCAUCGCCCUCAACGCCUCCGUUCGUCCAGACGGUACCCAGCCGCCCUUUACAUUCGACAUCAGCGUCGGGCUCCCGCUGUGGUUUACUGCCCUGCGCUGCGCAGAGCCAGUUACGCGCCGUGCCGCGCUGGCUUUGCUUCGCUCGGCGCCCCAGGUACAGGGAUUCUACCCGAAUGCGUUUGGUCUGGCAUUUGCGGAGAAUGUUAUGAUGGUUGAGGAGAUGUUUGCCCGUAUACUGAAUACCAGCCGCGAUCCGAUGUCUUAUCCUUUAACGCUGCCGAGGGCCACGAGUCCAGUUGAGACUCAGUCAGGUCUGAAUGGUCCAAAUCAUAUCUCAUUUCCAAGUGUAGGCAAUGAAGACUUCUCUACUCCAUCUCCCGGAUCUACGAUUACGGGUACAACGUUUAGUAUGCCAGAGGAAGCGCGUAUCAAACCAUACGGUGUGUUCUGGCCUCGGGCUGGGAUCCUGGCUCCUACGAAGGAAGAAGACGUCGCGAGGUGGAAUGUUAGCCCCGACCAGGCGUUCUUGCAGUUCUCUCGGAACCGACAGGAUCCGGAGACUGGAGCGUGGAGGGUCGUUGAUGAGUGUAUUCCGAUUGAUAUUAGAUUAUAA